AUUAUAUACAGAUCACAGGCCGCGAACUCGGACUAUGCGAGCUUCUGAUAACGGACGUGACGGAAAAGAAUUAUAUAAACAAGUGUGAACGCCUUGAUUAACAUAUCAUAUUCAUUCAAUACUUCUUCAACUCCCAAUCAUGAAAGCCCUCAUCUUUAAUGGCAAGGACGCACAACUAGUCACAGACCGCAAGCGCCCUGCCCUUCGCAACAACUUCAUCCUGAUCCGUACCAUUGCUGUAGCACUCAAUCCAUAUGACUGGAAGACUCUGGACUAUGCUAUGCCAGGCUGCUUGAUUGGGUGUGACUUUGCGGGCACCGUCGAGGAAGUCGGCCCUGGCGUCACAAAGCCAUGGAAACAAGGCGAUCGAGUUUGCGGUACUGCACACGGAGUAAACGCCACCCAACCAGAGGACGGGGCGUUUGCCGAGUGGAUCGUUGCGAAGGGAGAUGUAUGUAUGCGGAUUCCGGCAAGCAUGUCGUUUGAGGAAGCCUCUGGGAUUGGGAUGGCAGCGAUUACGAGCGGGCAGGCGAUGUUCCAGAAGAUGGAGAUGAGUCUGCCGACGAAGCCGAUUGAAAAGAAGGAAUAUUUGCUCGUCUAUGGAGGUAGCACGGUUUGCGGGACGCUUGCUGUUCAGUAUGCGAACAUCGCUGGAUACUCGGUCAUCACGACAUGUUCCCCAAGAAAUUUCGAGCUGUGUACGUCUCGAGGCGCAGAGGCGACAUUCGAUUACAACGACCCAGACUGUGGCCAGAAGAUCCACGAUUUCACCAAAGGGAAGCUAAAGCUCUGUUAUGACACGAUCGGUUCAGACGAAGGCAUUCAGAUCUGUAUGACUGCUUUAACGACUGAGUCCGGAUCAAGGUACGGGACACUCGCAAUGAAACCGAUACCUCGUCAAGAUGUCAUCUAUACGGAUAGCAUCUGUUUGAAGGCCCUGGGCGAGGACAUUCCAAUGUUUCCUGUGACCAAAGAGGAUUAUGAUUUUGGAAAAUUGAUCACUGGUGCGACAGAGCAGCUUUUGGCUGAUCAGAGGCUACGUCCUCAUCCCAUCAAGAAGUGCGAAAAGGGUCUUGCAGGUAUCAUCGAUGGCAUAGAUUUCAUGAAGACUGGACAAGUGAGCGGGGAGAAGUUGGUCUAUGUUGUUUCAGAGACGCCUUAGAUAGCAGAGGUGAUUGAGAUGAUUUGGCUACUCGAGGAGUACUAGCACGACAAGACUCUUCUGCCUCGUUG